UAGCAUCUUUCGGCAAGGUUGCUCUUAGUUGUCCGUUGUUUCAUUCGAAAAUGUUUGUUAAAAAUCGAUAAAUUGUUAGACAUUUUCAACCAGCGGGAAUAUUAUAAAUUAGACGGCUGCCUUGAUUAAUAUUGAGGUGAAGUUUCAUUGGGUUUUAUUGCAAAUGUCAUCAUUUCCUUAUUUUUUGCUUUGUUUAUAACCUCAAAGUUACAUGCACGCACUAGAUUCAAAUUUAAACGAUGUUCAAGUAUAUCCAAGAAAUAAUUUGGCGUUCGCCGGAAGAAAAUCAGGAGACAUUGGAUGAUGCCUAUAAAAUCCUCGAACGUGCGGAAGAAAAUGAGAAACCCGACGACGAUUCCGAAGAGCAAGACUUAAAUCAAAAGUAUCAAAUUACACAUGAGACUGGCACAAUUACAAACUCUGGUAACAACACUUAUGAAAUUGAUAACAAGUAUAAAUUUGCAUCUGAACUUUUAUUUACCACUGGCAUGAAAGUAUCAUACACUGUAUAUCAAGAUGAAGGUAAAGUAACUAAUGUAAAAGAAAUUGUUGAUGAAUGGGGCACAGAAGCAACCAGAGCUGGAGGGAAUUCUUGGUGUUUAAGAACAAUUAAUGUUCAAGUUGUCAGCAGAUGUGGGAGGAAACUGAUUGCAGAUCCUGGCAACAUUGAGAUUGAUUUGAACCAGACCAAAUCAGAAUUCAUUCCAAUUGUUGGCGAUUUUUUGGAGUUGGAGACAAAAUCGGAAAUUGAUGAGAAUGUAGUUAAUCUGAAUGGGAAAAUCUUAGAAAUCGUUAAAGUACGACCAGUCCGGGCACAAAUCAAGGAUGGAACUAUAAAGUCAUUCAAUGAAAAGAGAUACACUGGUAUAAUUAACAGAGAUAUAUUUUUCAACAAAGAAGCGCUUCUAAAUGGCUACAUUCCAAAGGUGGGUGAUAAAGUAGUUGUUGAAAUAAUUGAGAGUAAUCAGUUUGACAAUCUAUGGCGCGCACUUAAGAUCAUGCUCAAAACUGCUGUGAAAAGUUCAAAUCAGUUUGGUAACUUGAACAAACUUCAAGUCUAUGAGCACAGUAAAGAUGGAAUCCGAAUCUCAGAUAAUGUUGUAAUAGAAGCCAAGAGCUUUAAUGAAUCUCAUACGUGCGAAUUCACCGUGAUAAACGAGAAGUAUGAAGCGGUAAAUUUAAAAAAGAUCACUAUUGAAGGUGCUAUGCAUCAAACCCGGUUAGAAGGUGCAAAAAUUAAAAAUACAGUGAUAACGCCCACUCAAACACUCAAAUUGAAGUUUUCGGUUGUUGCUAAAUCGUCGGGGAAAUCGAGUGAAACCAUUUUAUUUCAUUUUGAUGAUGUGAUUGUCGGACGGGUUGUGACGAUCAAUUUGGAGACAUGCAACAUUGUGCCGCAGAUGGCCAAUACUGCUUUUGUUCACCGCAACACGCAAUAUGAUAACAUGAAGAAGCACAUGAAGCAAGGGUAUAGGCAGCCCAUUCGUGGAGAGUCCAUGAAACAAGGGCCUAGGUUUCUCGCGAAGAAGGUGAAUGAUUGGAAGAUUCCUGGCCAUAUCACUACUUUGUACUUUAAGUAUGAGGAUUUGAAUGAUCUGAAGCAAAACUUUGCUGAUGAAUUGAUCAGAUUGAAGCCGUGCUUAACCGAGCAGCUCUCUUUGAACAAUUACGAAGAACGUUUCCAUUUGCUUAUUUAUUUGGAAGAGUUGAAUUAUAAUAUGUGCCUGCGAAAGUAUGAUUUAGAACGAGCUAGUUUUAUAGUUGAUGGAAGUUAUUUGAUCUUAGAGAUGCCUGGAUUGGCCGAAAACAGGCCGUCGGUUAUCAUUGGUGAUAAAGUGAUUGCGACUUGUUUUGCCACUCAAACACCUUAUGAGGGAUUCGUACAUAAAUCAAUGGGUAACCAUCUAAAACUCAAGUUUUCGCCUAUUUUCCAUCAACAGUACAAAGGCGAAGAUUAUCAGAUUCAUGUUCAGGGUUCGAGAAAUUCAUUCAGACGCGAGCAUCAGAGUGUUUUUCUUGCAAUGCAAUCCUAUGCUGAUUUGCUCUUUCCCACUCAUGUGUUAAAGAAGAAACCUCAAGUGAAAUUCACUUACGAGCCUUAUGAAGAUAUCAUUUGUACUACAGGCACCAAGAUGAAAGUACGAGAAGCGCCACCUACGAACAAAAAAGAUGUCCGGAGAAAGGAUAAAAUGUAUCUUCUAAAGAAAAUGAAUGCGAUGGAUGUGAAGAAUACCGCUAAUACCACACCAGUAGAAAAUGUUGAUGAAAAUAUUGUUACCACACCACCAAAACAAAACAGCACCAAAUUACUGCUAACAUCGAAUCACCCAUCGAAAAACAUCCUGCCGAAAUUUCAAUAUAAACUAGAAUGGUUCGAUAAAAGCUUGAAUUACUAUCAAAAAGAAGCAGUGCGUAAUAUUCUCCUCGGAGAAUCACGUCCAUUGCCGUAUAUUAUUUUUGGACCGCCAGGUACUGGUAAAACAGUCACCAUCAUUGAAUGCAUUCUACAGAUAUUGAGAAUGAUCUCACAUUCGAGGUUGUUAGUUGCGACGCCUUCAAAUAGCGCUGCUAAUCUGCUUACAAUGCGGCUUGUUUCCACUGGAUGUUUACGGCCUGGUGACUUGGUGCGACUAGUUUCAUUCAAAUCAAUGCAGGAUGAUUCUAUACCACCGAAUAUUGUGCCUUACUGCGCGAUACCUAGUAUUGCUAGGGAGGGAACACUGGCCGAAGAAAAUUUUGUUACCGCGAAAGGGUAUGUCGAGGAUAUGACAACGAGAGCAAUCGGAAGACAUCGUAUCACUAUUGGAACAUGCAGUGCAUUAGGAUCUCUGCUAUGGGGACUUCAAAAAGGGCACUUUACGCAUAUUAUUGUUGACGAAGCUGGACAAUGUAAAGAACCGGAGAUUAUGAUUCCCCUGACGCAUGUGGAUAUGAAUGAUGGGCAGAUUAUCAUGGCUGGUGAUCCUAUGCAAUUGGGUCCGGUAGUACUUUCGGACUAUGCGAAGAAUUUUGGUCUGGAAGAAACGUAUAUGGACAGGUUGAUUCAUAGAUUUCCAUAUAUUCGAGACAUGGCUGGUUUUCCUAACACGGGCGGUUAUGAUCCUCGAUUGGUCACGAAGUUGCUGUAUAAUUAUCGCGCUCUGCCUGGUUUACUUGCAAUUCCUAAUAAUUGUUUUUAUCAUAACGAAUUGCGUUCAACUGUAUCCGAAACAGAGUCAGAAGAAGCAUUAUUCCUGAAGAAACUAGCAGAUAUGUUACCCACUCAUGAGGGUAAGGUGCCAUCACUUGUUUUUCAUGGUAUUGAUGGUGUUAAUCAACGUGGCGAUGAUUUUCCAUCUUGGUAUAAUCCUGAUGAGGCAUCGCAAGUAUUUUUCUAUGUCAACGAAUUGUAUAGAUUGGGUGUGUCCAAAAAGGAUAUCGGUAUUAUAACUCCAUAUAUAAAACAGGUUCGCCAAAUACGAGAUAUUCUCAGAGAGGCAGGUUUUGAUGUGCCAAAAGUGGGCACAGUGGAAGAAUUCCAAGGCUUGGAGUUUAAGGUAAUUAUAUUAUCAACGGUGCGCUCAUGUCCUGAAGAUCUCAAUUUUGACAAGAGAUACGUACUUGGGUUUAUUACAAACCCUAGACGGUUUAAUGUUGCGCUCACUCGAAGUCAAUGUUUGACUAUUGUCGUUGGUAACCCUAAUUUGCUUCAGGCUGAUAGACAUUGGGGUUUACUUCUCGCAUACUGUCGUAAAAAUGGCAGUUAUGCUGGUUGUGAAGUCAAAUGAUAUUUUUAUGAUAUUGUUUUUAUAUUUAGAUGUUUUAUAAUAAAAUGGCUUGCUAAUAA